AUGGCAGCGGCCGAUCUCUGCAAUGGGGAGAGGUUCGUCGUUCUCAUGUUCCUCUCGCGCGUCCUCUUCUCCGUUCCAAUGUCGCUGUCCUACGAAGCAAUCGGACUCGGCGUUCUCGCGGUAGCAGGACUCAUCGUCGAGAUCUCUGUGGAGAGAUCUGGCGAUGCAGCGAGACGUUUCAGAACCAGGUGCGUUGGUCAAUUUCCUGUGGCCCGUCCUAAUGUGGAAAUUUGGUUGCGUGCGUGUUGAGUUGGUUGUUCGGCCUUUGUCGUACGAUUUGCAUCAAUAUAUUUAAUUUUAAACCACUGUGAUCUCCCUCCUAAAAUUAGUAAAAUGCCAAAAGCUGAAGGGCGCAAGCCUUGUGAUAUAAAUCACUGUGCUGUUUAGCCUCUCGUCAUCAAUUGAAGCCAUAUCUUAUCUCAUAUUCACCGAUGUAAAAAUUAUAACUCCUCAUGUCCUUCGGAUUAGCGGAUAUUACAGCACAUAGUAGAAUUUUACGGUACGUACAAAGUUACAAACAUAAGGUAUGGGGAAUGAUCAGUUAUUGAUUUUUUUAACGCAUAAUUUACUUUCAGGCGUGGUGCUUCAUCUGGAAUCCUACUUGGUGCAAUUACAUUGCCUGCUGUUAUGCUUUCAAGAUUGAUUCAACUAUCUAGAUCGCUUGGAAUACAUAAUGCUAGAGUUGACGGUAAAUGAUGCUUUACCUCCAGAGGGACUCAGAAAUAGGAUUUUUUUUUUUAUAAAAGAAUUGAGGUUGUGACGAAGUUGAACUAUUGUAUAAUUGAUUUGAUGCAAUUUUUAUUGGAUACUUUUUUUCUUUUGACUAUUUUCUUGUCGUUUAAACGAACAUUUUCUUAGCUCACCGAUGAUAAUUCGCCUACCACCUAGUAGAUAAGCAUGAUUUAAACUCACUGGCUGCUAAUUUUAAAUUCUUUAAUUUUUUUCGGUAAGAUGUAACUCUCUAUUAGCUGAUGGUACCAAAAUUAACAACUCUGGACGAAUCCCACUGAACUAUAUUCCCAUAACUGUUAGGAAUGUUUUGCGUUGAACAUUAUCUGGUUUCUCUUACCAGAUUAUCUUUUUAUGGGCCUCUAUUUAGUUUUUGAAAGUUGUCGCAGGCUUGGAGUACCUGGAAGAGUAAUCACCGUGAAUAAUUGUUAGCUUUCCUGGCUGAUUGCCUCCAUGCAGUGAAAUAUAUGGAUGGCUUCAAACCGUUUAUCUCGUAAAUUUUCCAAGUAUGCAGCUCCCGGCUCUCUGGCAAGGAGACUGUGCUGCUACACUUUGGCCGUCUGGCAAGGACAAUUGUUAGCUUUCCUGGUUGAUUCUACAUGAGAAAGCCUCAAUGCAGCUAACUACUUGACGGCUUCAAUACCUCUUAUCUCUGAGAUUUUGUAAGUUGUACACAGAUCUUGGCUUUGUGGCAAGGACACUGUGCUGCUACACUUUGGAACCCUCAAUGAAUGAAGAUUUUCGAGAUUUCUUAACUUUAAGGCCUAGUAUAUUAAGACACUAUUCAAGUGAUAGGAUUGAUCUAUUGCCACACUUCUGUGGACCGCGGGUUCUCUCUUGGGUGUAUAAGCCUUUCCUUGUCCUGGCAUGGGGGUUGGCCAAAUUGGCAUCAGAGAAACAAUCGGAAGAAAAAAAUGACUAGGAUCAAACUGAUUCAGGUGUUGUGAUAUACACUGCUAUGCCAGCAACAAUCAAAGAUACUGGACCUCGUUUAAAAAGCCUUACCCGUGCAACUUGAUCUUAUGCCUCGGGCCAGUUAAUGCAAUCUCUUUUACUAGUCUUUACGUAUCAAAAGAGUCGAUGAAAGGAAGUAAUUAAUGUACCAGAAUGGUUUUUGAACAGAUUCGUAUCUUAUGAACAAGAUGGUGCAUUUUUCGUGAAGGUGAAUCGUUGAUUAUAUUCCUCUAGUUAUGUAGGAUAAUAUCAAGAAUAAGAUGGUGCAUCUUACUUGUAGGUAUUUAUGAUCGUGAUAGAACUCUGAAUAAUUUUUAUUUGUUUCGUUGAAUCUUGAUAUUUCAUCCUGACAAACUUCUGAGCUUUGACCUUAGUUUUAUAUUUUUAUUUUUCUUCCUUCGACAGAGUCCAGUAAAUAUCUGAUUAUUUUUUUGUUGCAUACAUUUGAAUCAUUUCACUUUCCACAUCUAUGGGCUGCAGUACUUGCAUAGAAAACAUCUAUUUCUUAUUUUGUCUUUUCAAAAACUAUUAUUUGUCUUCAUGUUCAUAUUUUUAUUUCUGACAUUGAUUUCUUCUUUUGAAAAGAGAUUGAAUGCAUGCUACUGCAAUAUUGGGCUGCUAGUGUGAGCUGCUUUGGCGUACUUAUCUUUUUUUUCCUAUUCCUGCGGCAUUCAUCCAGCUCCCCAAAGCUCGGUAUAUGGUUUGUGGUUGCUUAUGUGAUCACUUGUUGCUUGUCUCUUGGAGUCAAGUCCAAUGAUGGUUAGUUACAAUUUAUGCACCCAACGGUUCAACUAGGGGACAAAUGCUUUUGUAUGCAGUAUUCAAUGUUUUUCUGUUCUUGUGUCUACAGGUCUGCUUGUGGCAGUGAAGAUGUUGUGGUUACUUUGUCAUGGACUCGCCUGUUCAACACUUGUUCAGCAUAUCCUUCAUGCCUUUCCGUCAUGUGCUUCGAUAGGUAGAUAUUUUCAUUCAUUGAUCUUCAACUUAGGUCAAGUUAAGCUUUCAUUUGACCAUGAAAUAAUGUUUAAGAUGAUUAGCCAGCGCUGGAGUAUCUAAAUUAUGACCCUCAAAUGAUAGGCUGGGAAACCAUUUUCGUUAAACCUCACAGUAUAGGGAAGUGGGAAACCAUCUUCAAAUUAAGACAACAUACUCUGCUUAUGGAUGCUAGCAGUCGAUUGAAGAAUUCUAUAUCCAACCUUGAAACCUCCAGGAAGAAAUGAAUUCUAAGAUUGGAUAUUCUCCUAGAGAGGAGUCAAUCUCUUGCAUAGUCCAGUUGUGAAUCCAGGACAUGGAUCUCUCAAGCCAUAAACACCAUUGACAUCCACCACCUGUUUUAUGAGUUAACUUACGACCUGAAAUGGGGGUGGUAUUUGGUGUUUGGGAUAAGUUGCUUGUGUGUAAGGAUAUUAUUUGGCAUUCCAACGAACCAAUGUGUACAGAUGAGCAUUUUUGGAGUAUUAUCUGAAAAAAAUUCAGGACAAUUAAUCUAGAAUACCCUCUGCACGAUCAGAACCCAUAAAGAAAGGGUUUAUUGACUUUGAUGACGUAAAACGUCAUUUAAAGAUAUGUAUAAACCCACAGGCCUUGAAAAAAAUUUGUUAAUCAGCUUUCACAUUUUGUCCCAACAGUCGCAUCUUUGAUUCACAUCCUGUCAAAUGAUGUUUCAUCAAAUCCCUAGCCCAAAUCGGUCCAUAUCCUGUUUCUGGAAACAGUCAAAAACCCUCUUAAAGGAAAAAAAAUAGAAAUAAAUCAACGUUCUUAUUUAAUAACGUUUUAACUGGCACAAAUAGGUAGAUCUGUUGUUAACUGGCCUCGCUGCUAGUCAUAUUAUUAUCCAGCCUGCAUAGAUUGUGUCCUGAGGUAGCAGUGGAUGGAUUCCUGGCAGAAAGGAUCGUAUCUGAGAUUAGGAUCCUUGUUAUUUUUCUUUUCAACUUCCUUUCAUCGUUGACUCAUUAUGAGCUUAUGAUGCUUUUCUUUCUCCACGUGCCAAGAAAAUGCCUUCUGGAUAUAUUUGAUCUCUAUGAAGCCAAUUCAGAUUAUUUGGGUCCCAUCCUCGUAUUUCAUUUCGCUCUAACUCCACCCUUUCUGAUUUUCAGGGGAAGCUCUUCUGGUGUCUAGUGGUCUUGUUAUAUACUUUGGUGAUAUGUUGGCUUACACUCUCUCAAAGGUCUGUCUGCUAUCCCAUUCUAGAGACUCUAUAUAUUUUUUUCUGCGGAAUAAACUCUAUAUUUAGAAAUUUUUACCUACAUUUCCCAGAAUGAGAUCUUCUCACAAUUCUUCAACUUCAUCCACGGAAAACAAACCCGGAUAAGCACUUUCAUUCAGGUAAGGCCCUUGAAGGGAUCAAAGCUAGAUGUAUCUUCCUUUUUCUAAUUUGCCAUUUAUUGAAAGUUAUGUUAAAUGUAGGGUAUUCUGCUCGGCCUUCUGCUCUUGCCUCUGCUCUACAAAUGUCUUCUCCACAUCUGUGAUCAAUUAUCAGCUCUAAGCGAGCCCAAGCCUCCUGUGGGUGGUGGGAGCCCUUGCAGAGGAGUUGGAAGAUCUAUAUUGUUUUAUGCUUCUUCGGCAGUCCUUUUGGCUGUGGUUGCCCCGUUGUGGAUGGAAUAUGUUCACGAUUUUCCUCUGCAUCCUGUGCUAUGGUACGCAUUUUCUAUAUACAUAUAUAUUGAUUUAUUUAUUGGCCUCUGUCAUUAAAUUUAACCCGGAAAACUUUCUAUUUUCGCUCGCUCCUGUUACUCGAGCAGCAUGAAUGAUCUAGCUAGUUCACCCAAAGACAUAGAUUUUUGGUAUAAACGCAAAUCAUGGAUCAACAGAACGUAUAAAUUCAACAAAGAGAAGCCUAUUCGUGCUUAAGAUGGCAUAUAAUUCCUGAUUUAGUCCCCAUCAGAUAAACUAUAGUUUAUGCGAUUCGAAUUAUCAUCUGUUUCCUUCUGUCCUAGAACCAUCGAAUCAUAUGAUGCAUUGUCUCACCAUAGGUGCAGAAAGUGCGCUUUUUGAGAGAUGGGCAUGAUUUUGGUCUGAUUCCGACGAUUUCCAUGAACAAAAACCUUUCGUUCUUUUCUAUUAGAUAUGGAGGGUUAGUGGACGGAGUCAGAUAUCUUCAUCUGAUGAUGUUAUCGAGGCUUCCGAAGCCGGGCUUCUUUUAGCCUAAAUGCUUCAAGCAUUCUCAAACUCUUAAGGAUUUUUUUCCCAUAUUUAGAGGGCAUUCUUUUGCAGGAUCUUCGAUUUUGUCAUCGCGGAGCCGCUCGAACGCCUACUGCUGUGUUCUUACUGGAUCGCCAUAAUCUGCGCGUCUGUCGUAAGAUUCUACAACAUCUCAAAGCACAGCAAGAUUGAGCGGAUUCUUCUCAGAAAGUACUACCAUCUGGUGGCAGUCUUGAUGUUCCUGCCGGCGCUUCUCUUCCAGGUAAGCUUGCCCAUCAGAGGAGGUGUGACUGUGUUUCACAUAUUUUGGGUUCUUCUUACCUCUUUCGAUCUUCUCCUCUUGGCGACUCGCAGCCGAAGUUCCUGGACCUGGCAUUUGGAGCCGCGUUGGCCGUCUUCCUGACGCUGGAAAUUAUCAGAGUAAGUAGAUCCCCCGUGUGCAGAAUCAGGGCCCUCUAUUGCAUCCUCACCUCAUAUUGCUGCUAUUUCCGUCUGACCUUGGUGCUAGUUUCCCAAAUGAAUGAGAGAUUUCCAUGUCCCAUUCGACCAUAGUUUUAUUUUCCAGAACGUACUAGAGAUUUAUAUGCAUCCCCGGCUGAUCUGAUGUUGUGUUUCAAAAAAAUAUAAAUCUUUUUACACUGCCCACUGACCUUGGUGCCACCUAACCUUAUUAACGAAAGCAUCUUCAUGCCAACUCAGAUUCCCACUGUUGUGCUUAUUUUAAAAACACAUACACAGGUUUGGGGAAUCUGGCCUCUGGGACAGUUCGUGCAUGAGUUCAUGAAUGCCUUCACUGACCAUCGUGACUCGGAUCUUCUCGUCGUCAGGUACCCUCUCUCUCUCUCUCUCUCUCUCGCUCUCUCUCUCUCGCUAUAUAUAUGUAUAUAUAUAUAUAUGUAAGUUGUUAAUGGUAUGGUCACUUGUUGCAGUCAUUUCUCCCUCCUGCUGGGCUGUGCACUCCCCAAAUGGUUGUCGCUAGAGGUCAACGACCGGCCACUCGCCCCUUUCGCCGGAAUCCUUAGCCUGGGAAUCGGAGACACCAUGGUAAACCCGGUCUCCUUCCUCCUCUCGUCUCUCCCAUUCCAGACAGAGUCAGGCUUUGAAGGCUUUCCUUCACAACUGAAUAUUUUCAUCACCAAACCUGCUUUAUUAAUAUGAUCAUUACUUUUAUUUUUAUUAACCGCAUGUCACCACGUGUCUCAGGCGUCGGUGGUCGGGCAUAAGUACGGUGUCCUCAGGUGGAGCAAGACGGGGAGUAAGCAUAGUACCAUCUCCUUCAUCUCUGAGGAAUUUUUUUUCGCUAGCCCUUGUGUGGUUGACGAGGGGUUGGUGCUGCCGUGGCCAGAGAAAACCGUCGAGGGCACCGCCGCCGGCAUAACUUCCGUGCUCCUCACGUCCUCGGCUCUUCUCCCUCUUCUAGCUUCCACCGGCUAUAUGCUCUCUCAGGUACCCCUCCUCCCUUACCAUCUCCAAUUAUUCGGGGGCCUUUGUUCUCUCUUCUAUCUGCCUGACUGUGAAGAAGAUAGAUAGAGAGAGAGAGAGAGAAAGAAACUGGGCUCCGGGCUUGGGUGGCCCAUUAGCACCGAGAGAGAGAGAGAGCACUGACCUGUGCUCCGAUUUUGCCCAGCAUUGGUGGUCCCUGCUCUCGGCCGUGACCGUGAGUGGGUUGUUGGAGGCGUACACCACUCAGCUGGACAACGCCUUCAUCCCCCUCAUCUUCUACAGCCUCCUCUGCUUGUGA